CCAUGGAUUCCUUUGGGCAACCCAGACCAGAAGAUAACCAGUCAGUAGUUAGCAGAAUGCAGAAGAAAUACUGGAAAACUAAACAAGUCUUUAUCAAAGCAACAGGAAAAAAGGAGGAUGAGCACGUGGUGGCAUCUGAUGCUGAACUGGAUGCUAAACUCGAGGUUUUUCACUCCAUUCAAGAGACAUGCGCUGAACUUCUGAAGAUAGUUGAGAAAUAUCAGCUAAGACUCAAUGUUAUAUCAGAGGAAGAAAAUGAGCUGGGAAUCUUUUUAAAGUCUCAAGCAGAACGAGAUCCGACCCCCGCUGGUAAAAUGAUGGAUGCUGCCGGCAAGGCCCUCUGUGCUUCAGCCAAGCAGAGAUUGGCCCUGUAUACUCCUCUGUCUCGUCUUAAGCAAGAAGUAGCAACAUUCAGUCAAAGGGCGGUAUCUGAUACCUUGAUGACAAUCAAUCGGAUGGAACAGGCGCGCACAGAAUACAGAGGAGCCCUGCUGUGGAUGAAGGACGUGUCCCAAGAGCUGGACCCAGAUACCCUAAAACAAAUGGAAAAGUUCAGAAAAGUACAGAUCCAAGUGAGAAAUAGCAAAGCUUCUUUUGACAAGUUAAAGAUGGAUGUUUGUCAGAAAGUGGAUUUACUUGGAGCUAGUCGCUGCAAUAUGUUAUCUCACUCACUCACUACCUACCAGAGGACACUGCUUGGAUUCUGGGAGAAAACAGCUCGAUUGAUGUCCCAGAUCCAUGGGGCCUGUACUGGCUUCCAUCCAUAUGAUUUUGUAGCUGUCAAGCAACUACAGGACACUCCAAGCAAGUUUACUGAAGACCACAAAGAACAAACAGAGAACAGUUCUCUCACUGAAAACCUCAAUAAGUUAGUUUUGUCAGAUGAGGAAGUGAGCUUGGGAAAUGAACCAGUAGCCGAAGGUUACAAGGAAAAGCAUUUUCAAAUAAGAGAGUUUGAAGCACCUCAGUUUUCUCAUUCUGAAAAUGUUGUAAAAGAUCUCCCGAUAGAUUCACUGGAAGAUGAUUUUGAGAAGGAAUUCUCAUUUCUCAACAACGUCCUAAGUCCUGGUUCUUCAAGUACUGGUGAAUUUACCCCAGAAUGCCAGACUGCCUUCGGGAGCCCUGGGGCCAGCUUCACGUCACGGGAGCCUGCUGUGGGGUCAGAGCCUCUUGCUCAUUCCUCACGAUUCCUUCCUUCACAGCUUUUUGACCUUGGCCUUCAUGCUGCUGGAGCUUUUAACAGCUGGGCCUCUCAAGAGGGAUUAGAAGUUCCCCUUUCACACACUGAUAACCAGCCAGUGCCUUCACAGAGUCCAAAGAAAUCAACAAAGUCUCCCAACAAUGGUAACCAAGACAUGUCAGCUUGGUUCAAUCUAUUUGCAGACUUGGAUCCACUUGCAAACCCUGAUGCUAUUGGACACUCAGAUGAUGAACUUCUCAAUGCCUGACUGAAAUUAUCUUGUCACUUCAGUGGCCUUGAGACAUCAAUUUUUCAACAUAUUGCCUUUGUGGAAAGGAGUUUAUAUUGUAACCCAUACACAAAAGCAUCGUGUUUGUGAAUCUAACAGUUUUCAGCCAACUUUAAAGAGAUGGUAAGGACUACAUUUGAAUAGAUUAAGUAUUUCUUUAAUAUCUUGGAUUUGCAGCUGUUGAUAAUAUGUGGAAAAUAUGAGCCAUUGAGUCUGAAAGAGAGACCAAAAUUUAUGUCAAAAUAAUAGCUAGGAGUACUUCUGUAAAUAAGGAAUUGGGCUUAUUUGGAAAGCCGUAUGUGUGUAAGUUACCUUGCUGGCUGUGACAAUUCUGUAUGUGGAUGAAGACAGCAUGUAAAUUGGGUUGUGAUUUGGGGGUGGUUUUUAAAUAAAACCAUAGCAGGGGGAGUCUUCUGUUGUGGAAAAUAGCACUAGAACCAAGUUUUGUCUUUAGUUAGAAAAGUGGAGUAAGAUUUGAGAACUCAGUUCGCUUUAAUGAAAUCAGAGAAACUUGGUGCUUUUCUCCACUUGGAGGCUAAAAUGUAAUAUUACUUAGUUUUUUCCUUCAUAGAAAAUCAUGGACACCCCUCAAUUCCAUUACUGAAUUUUCAAGGCAAAGUAGCAGGAUGAUGUGUUUGCUAAAUCUAUCUUCUGCAGAAACUCAUAAACCCAUCUCCUGAUCCCCAAGAAUGGCCAGUAAUCUUCAAGACAUUGUACAGGUGUCUUCAGCCUGGUUUCUCACGUGUCGCUACCACAAUGUGAAGUACUCACAUUCUUUCUGAAAAGAAAGCAAGGAAAGGACGACCCCUAAGCAACUGGCAAUAGUAUUCCUGUAAUUACCCAGAAACUUCUGUCUGAAUGAGGGAGAAAUUCUAAGCUUAUUCUUGUACAUAUUUGUAUACUUAUUACCUAUUUCUUGACAUGAUUUAAUCCAGAUUUCUUUUCUGGCAGUCACAGAAGGCUCUACAUGAUCAAUCAGAAAGGGUCUUAUUUUUCCACUUUUCCCUUUCUGUGGGGGACGCCUUCUGAGGCUCUAUUUGAUUACUGAGAAAAAAUGGUUAUCCUUCCUGGAGGGAAGUUAGUCUAGGCCAGUGAACUCAUAGCCACCGGAUAUACAUAUCACUUCAUUUCCUGUUCUUUUUUCUUGCCCAGCCUUCAGCUUUGAGGCAACUCUCCAGGUGUCUUUUUAUCAUCCAGUCCAUUACAUCUCCAGAAGGGAACAUUUUAAAGAAAGUGUUCACAAUAGUUUCCAUGUGUUCCUAGUUUUAAACAAACAGGCUUAUUUAUUGUAUACAAGAGAAUGGCUUGUAAUGUCUAAGUCACUCUAAAUAAACAUUGUUUGGAAAUGCAGCAGAGAGGGGAAAGUGCAGUCCACCUCCAAGCACAGCGCUCUGGGCCAGCUACCCCCGGAGCUGCCCGAGCCCUGCAGGAGGUCACGUGUGUGGGGCAGCAUCGCAUAGGCUGGAAAGACCUGAUCUGAGGAUCAGAAACACAGAUUCAGGAAAAGGGUAUGUAGUCUUUUCAUGCUUACUCUUGUUUCCUUAUUUGGUUAUACUUUCAGUCAGAAGCAUUUUUACCUCUUCCUUUUUAUUCAGUGAAGUUCUCCAGAAGAUUCAGUCAUCAAGGGCUGUGACCACAAUCACAAUCUAAAUUCUGUACCUAUGGUGACUCUGUACUGUCAACUUUGAACACUUCAAACAUAAUGCUAACUUUGGAUCUCAAGUUUGCGCCAUUUUUCUUUCACUAAUACAUUAGUUCAAAAAUAUUUGUGUAGCUCCUUCACAUGCAUGCAAAGCAGUCCCUGUUAUCUCAAAUAAACAAAGACACCUGAACACCGAGGAAAACCACUUUCCAAGCCAGAAUGCCUACCAGUGUAUUCACGCUGCACUCAAUUUCCAAAGGAAAAAAGUCCUCAAAAAAAAAAAAAAAAAAAAAAAAAAACCACAAUAGAUUUUUAUUAUUCAGUUUAGAUUCUCUUAACAUUUUUUUUUUCUCUCAGAGUAUAUAGCUGCCCAUUUGAUCCAAAAGCAACAUUAACUGUCUGAGCAAGUUCAGUUAUAAUUUCAACAAAUCGAACAACCCCAUUUUUGAAGAGCACAUUGAAAACUGUUGUUAAAAUGAAGGUAACUGUAUUUUUUUAAGAUAAAUUAUUUGAAGUUCAGUCAUGUAGAGGCCAGAAACAGAAAUCUGGCUAUAUAAUACCUAGACCACUAAUAUAAAGGAAACAAACCACCUAUUCAGUAGGGAGUGAAGGAAAAACACGAGAAACAGAGUAGAAGGGUGAUCGCUUGCUAUUUGUUUAAAUCUAGAUCAAACAUUCAGUAAGAAAUAGCCUUAACCGAAGGUCGGCUGAGAACUCUUUCAAAGUAAAUGGAUGUUUUUAUAUUAAAUGGGGGAAAAUAAUAUCUCCUCCUUUUUAUUACCAAAUUAAGAAUGCAUGUAAGCUCAGAAAAGCCCCAGAAGAACUAAAAUUUGACUAAUCUUUCUUACGACCACUUUACAAGUGAGUCGGGAUUACCAGGGCAUAUUAAGACGAGAUCGGUGUGACUUUGUAUUUUUUGAAACCUUUCAUUACUUGUAAAACAUAGCUCUGAUAUGGUUAGAAACGAACUGUAUUUAAAAAAAAAAAAAACAGGCUUCAGUAUUUGCACAAUGAAAUUCAGUGUUUGUAUUUCAACGACGGAUAUUUAUUUCACAUAACUAUCUUUAUAGACCAUCUGGGAAGGCAGAGGUCUCACAGCAUAAGAACAAAGUAAGUUUGUGCUCUAUUUUCCUGAGCCUCUUUUAAUGAAGAUUACAAGAUGGCAUAAGACAAAAAGGUUGAUUUCCUAAAGUAUUCAAUACAAAUCCAAUUAUUGUUAACCUAUUAGAAAAUUCGGGUUUUACCUCAGGACCAUAGUAUUUAAAAGGUAGUUUGAAUUGAUACAGAUAACACAGAAUGAAAAUAAAACCAAGGCAAUGAAUAUCUUUGUGAGACUCAUUCUUUUUAACUUACUUCAUACAGAAGGGAUGUUAUAAGAUAUGAGAAAUAACAGAAUGUGCUCUUUGUUUAAAUAUAAUCAGUACCAAAAUACAAACCAUCAAUAUUAAAAUUUUGAGCCUAGAAACAAUAACCAAUGAAAUAUAAGCACAGUUUUUAACUGAUUGCUGAAGGCAGGAAUAAAAGGAAGCCAGAAUCAAUCUAGUUUGUAUCUUCUUCCAUAGUAUUGACAGGCCCUCUGUUUUCUUACCUUGAGCAAUGAAGCAGCCCCAGAAUCUUGGGAUACUGAAAUUAAGCUAGGAAGGAAAUACAAACUUUAAAUAUUAAUUCAGCAGUAUUGAAAGUAAUGCACAUAAAACAUACAAUGGUAAGGUAUUUAAAUAUGGCAAUAAAAACCUAUUGAACAGGAUGAGUCACAUUAAUUUGCCAACCAUAAAAUAUCUCCUUUUUUAUGUAUCAUUUAAAAAGACUUUUAAAAAGUCGAAUUAAAAACUGUCCUUGGCAUUUAAAGUUUAAACAUGGUUCUUCAUUCAGUGGUAUAAGGAACCAAUCAAUGUCCAAAGAAUAAAUACAAAAAGGAGAUCCAGGUGGUAUUAAUAGGUAAGAU